AUGAAGCCCUUUCAACUUCUUGCCUCUGCCCUAGCUUUUUCUGUGGCGGAUGCCUAUUUGGUGACUCCCCCAGGAACAGUUGCACCAGGUGCAAUCUCAACAUGCAGCGAGUGGGUGCAGGCCUCGUAUGGCAUGACCUGUGAGAUCAUUCAUCGCCUCUUUGGCAUGACCGACGCCGAGUUUGAGCUUUGGAACCCUAGUGUUACUCAGCUUGGUGAUGGCUGCAAUUUGAUCAGUAAUCUCUACUACUGUGUACAGAGCAACUAUGUCACGCAGAGUCCAACAUGGACGGCGCCGGCGGCUACCACAACUUCUACAAGCGCUAUCACCACACCAACUCCCACGCAAACAGGCAUGGUCAGCACUUGCAACAAAUUCUAUCUGGUUGUCAGCGGAGACAGCUGUUACGACAUUGCCGUCGCCAACAGCAUUGCACUGGCUGAUCUUUAUUCCUGGAAUCCCGCUGUGGGAACGAGUUGUGCUGGCCUUUGGCCUGAUUACUAUAUUUGUGUAGGUGUGGCUGGGAGCUCAUCUACUAGCACUACUCCCAAAACAACGACUACAACUACGACAAGUACAACGACAACCACGACUGGCAAUGGGGUUGCCACACCUAACCCUACCCAGGCAAACAUGGCAAGCAAUUGUAAUGCAUUCUAUCUUGUUGUCAGUGGAGACAGCUGUUAUGAUAUUGCCGUCGCCAACGGCGUUGCACUGGCUGAUCUUUAUUCCUGGAAUCCCGCCGUGGGGACGAAUUGUGCUGGCUUGUGGCCUGAUUACUACAUCUGUGUAGGUUUGAUUGGGGGUUCCACUCCUACCACUACCACCACUACCACCACUACCACUACAACAACCACGGCAGGUAACGGGAUUGCCACGCCGACGCCUAUCCAGACUGGAAUGGUGACUACUUGCAAGACCUUCUAUCUUGUAGCGAGCGGAAAUGGGUGCUAUGACAUUGCGGCAGCAGCCGGCGUCACCCUGGCUAACUUCUAUGCCUGGAAUCCUGCCGUGGGAACAGAUUGCGCUGGUCUUUGGCCUAAUUACUAUGUUUGCAUCGGUGUUUAG